AUGACGGGACGGGCCGAGACACGAACCCCUGAACCGCCCGACCGCGACGAGCACGAAAAUUCCCCACCGCGAUUACUAAGACCGAGACGCUCCACCAGGCCGUCCAACAAUUGUGCCCAGGAACAAGAACUCGAUAUCGAACAAAGCAACGCGCGUUCUCAGCGAAAGAAGAAGACCCAGGGCAAGCGGGUAUCCCAACGUGAAGUGGUAGCCUCGGAAUCAUCAACAGAGAGCGAGGACCCGAACGCGUCGGAGCUAUUGAAGGAAUUUGUCAAACUCAGGAAGGAGAUCAGACAGCGAGACAAAUUACAUACGGAAGAGCUUCUAAAAGUCAAAGAAGAGUUUGUCGCCCUCAAAGAAGAGUUCAGUGCCGCCCUUACAGAAGUUCGACACGAGCUAUAG